AUGUAUUUAGAAACCUGGGAAAUUCAGUUCCUUACCCUCCUUGCCUUAAUCUGGGCUAUCUUCCUUCUCAAAAGAAACCGAAACCGCCAACAACCACCUACGCCACCAGGCCCAUCGGGCCUCCCCAUAUUUGGCAACCUCUUCUCUCUAGACCCAGAACUCCAUACCUACUUCACCAACUUGUCCAAAGUUCACGGGCCCAUAUACUCUCUCCGGCUUGGAACUAAGCUUUGUGUGGUUAUCUCAUCGGCUAUACAUGCCAAGGAGGUGCUCAAAGACCAUGACCUUGUUUUUUCCAACCGUGACGUGCCCAUUGCUGGGAGAGUCGCCACGUAUGGUGGAGCCAACAUAGUGUGGUCUCCCUAUGGUGCAGUAUGGCGACUGCUGAGGAAGAUUUGUAUAAGAGGGAUGCUUGGCACCGCCACACUGGAUGCUGUCCAUGGAAUUCGCAGGCAAGAAAUCCAGCAGAUGAUUCGGGGAUUGUCAAAGAAAGCAGGGAAAGCUACUGUCAAUAUUGGGGAGGAAGUGUUUUUGAUGGUGAUGAGGGUCGUGACAGAGAUGUUGUGGGGAGGGACAGUGAUGGAAGCCGAGGAGAGAAAGAAUAUUGGGUUGGAGUUUCGUGUAGCGGUAACAGAGUUCACUAGUUUAUUGGGUGUUCCAAAUUUGUCAGAUUUCUUUCCAUGUUUGGCUUGGUUUGAUUUCCAAGGAGUAGCAAAGAGGAUGAGCAGGUGUGUCAAGUGGUUGGAUGAGAUUUUUGUGAAGGUGAUUGAUCAAAAGUCGAGGAAUGGUGGCGAAAGAGACGACAGGAAGAGGACUCAAAAGGAUUUUCUAGAUACUUUGUUGCAAAUUAAGGAUGAUUAUGAGGAUGAAGCUAUUGCAAAAGUUCCAUUUUCCAUGUCUAAUCUGAAAGCAUUGCUCAUGGAUAUGGUGGUAGGAGCAACUGACACGACCUCAAACACAGUUGAACUUGCAAUGGCAGAAAUUUUGAAAAACACUAAGGUGCUAAAAAGGAUUCAGCAAGAGCUCGACGAAGUAGUCGGUAGGGACAGCAUCGUAGAGGAGCAUCACAUCUACAAACUCCCUUACUUGCUAGCUGUAAUGAAAGAAGCGCUGCGUUUGCACCCUGUAGUCCCCCUGCUAGUCCCUCAUUGCCCGAGUGAGUCUUGCAUUGUUGGGGGCUAUACCAUUCCCAAAGGUUCUCAGGUCUUUGUAAACGUAUGGGCUAUCCAUCGGGACCCUUCGGUAUGGAGUAACCCAUUAGAAUUUGACCCAGAAAGGUUUCUGAAUGCUAAGUUUGAUUUCAAGGGAAACGACUUCAAUUACCUUCCCUUUGGCUCGGGCAGAAGGAUUUGUGCCGGAAUAACAAUGGCUGAGAGAAUGGUGUUGUAUUCACUUGCCUCGCUGUUACAUCUUUUCGAUUGGAAAUUUCUCGAGGGAGAAAGUUCAGAUGUUCAUGAGAAGUUUGGGAUCGUUUUGAGCAAGAAGACUCCGCUCAUACUGAUACCUGAGCGCAGGUUAUCAAGUGCAGCUUUGUAUGAAUAGGUAGCUCUUUUCAUUAUAUUGUUCUUAUUCUUAGACUGUAGAAGACGCACUUAUUAUGUAUUUGUUAAAUCAUAAUCCUUCCUAUUCUAAUCAAAAGUCUCAUUUUAUUUUGUAAAAAAGUUGAUAUUAAUAAAAUCAGUAUUGGGACGAAUUAAACAAGA